AUGACCGAACGACCACCGCGCGAUCGAAAAACAUGCCGAAAUAGGAAUUCGCGGAAGAAGGUGGUGUGCAGUGUGACUGGUCUGACGCUACAUCAGAAGGCGUUGUUGACGCGGAAAUGGAAUCGAAUGGAAUCCAGCACAGUGUACGAAUUGGGAAGACGGAUGUUCGAGUGCAUUUUCACUGAGAAUCCCCAUUAUCUAGCCUACCUGGAUCUCAAAGGAGAAACCAACUGA